AUGCAAAGAUCGGUCGUACUGUCUACGCUUCUUUUUUCGCUAAGAGUCAAAGGCUUCGCGCCCUCCACGCAAAAGGCUUCCCCGCAACAAGAUUCCCAAAGGGCAGCCAAAUCCAUUUGCACCUUUGAUGAAACGGAUUUUGCGGGAAAGGUGGGCGACUGGCCCUACACUACUGCCGAUCUCAAUCGACUUGACAAUACCGACGAUUCCAAUUUUUAUGACGCUCCUCGAUUUGUGACCCACAUUGACGAUUCCGCCAUUUCGGUCCUCACCAAGUACUAUCAAGAGGAAUUUUCUGCCUUGAAUCUCGAAAAUGUAGACGUGCUUGACCUCUGCUCCUCUUGGAUAUCGCAUCUGCCAGAGAACAUUCAAUAUGGAAAAGUUGUCGGUGUCGGGAUGAAUGCAGAGGAACUCAAGGCCAACAAACAGCUAACGGACUACUAUGUUCAAGAUAUGAACCAGAAGCCCAGCCUUGAGCAAUUCGAAGAAAAUUCAUUUGAUGUCAUUUGCAAUGUUGUCUCGGUGGACUACUUGACAAAGCCCCUGGAACUUUUUCAAGAGAUGCACCGUAUCUUGCGUCCCAAUGGCGUAGCUCUUAUGAGCUUUAGUAACAGAUGCUUUGCCACAAAAGCAAUUGCAAUGUGGCUGCAAGCAGACGAUAUCGGGAGAUUGACAAUUGUUGGAAGCUACUUCCACUAUUCUGCAAGUUGGGAUAGCAUCGAAGCCUUAGAUCUCAAAGAAAGACGGGAAGCCCCAAAAAGACCGUCGACGCAAGAAAUCUUUGCCAACCCUGCCCUUGGUCUAGCAUGGAUGAAUACUGCUGGGGAAGUCGCGAAGAAUAAUGCCGGAGAUCCAAUGUUUGUUGUAAAGGGAGUAAAGAAAUAG